CUAGAUUAAUUGGGAGAAGUCGGCGUUUUAUUCAGCAGUGAAACUGGCUACCAACAAGACAAGUAAAGCAAACCAAUAUCGAAUAAAUCUGUGAUGCUACUAAAUUUAGAACGUGUCCACGCUCAGACGCAACAAGUACGUGUUCAGAUACAAAUCGAAAGCGAUACUCGAGGAUAGAUAGUAUCUCACCUAACAAGAGGUUCAAAAUUCAAGUUAGACAGAUACUGAGAGAAAGAAAAUUGACAUUUUCGAAGAACAAAACGCUUCUGUAAAGCGUCAUUGGUUUCUGUUGACACCGAACGGUGCUCGUGUUUCCUUAAUGUUUCCAGCACUCUCUAACCUAUCUUUUCUAUAAAAGCGUUUGCAUAGGUAACAAGGCCUGGCUGGGUUGGACGAAGUUGCUGACAUUUUCCCCAGCACCAAUGACGUGUCUAGAAUAGAGGGGAUUCGCGUUAACGUUCAUGAGAAGACUACUAAUAAUGUUUGUAAAAGUGUCAAAUCUGCGAGAAAUUUUCACAGUGCUAGCUUCAUGUUUCGUUCUAUACGGUGGUCCAUAAGUGAAGUUCAAAUUUUUUUUGGCGCGAUGCUUUAAUAGGUGCUCUUGUUUUCUUGUAGAAAAACAUGUACAAGAUAUUUGUAUUAAUUUGUAAUGCAUUCGGAACUAUGUGUUAUGCCAAUGAGUAAGGAAAGCGAUACUGCAGCAAUAAUUAACUAGGUUGACUUGAAGCUGAAUCUACGUCAUUAGACGAAUUGCUGGACACAAUAAAGGGAAUCGGUACAUUUCUAUUUCGGGAAAAGCCAAAAGUUAAAAAUUCUAAUGUGGAGGUGCUUUCCAGGUAGUAGACUAAUAUUGACCUUACCAUGGCUAUACAUUUGAUCAACUUACAUUAGCUAGUUUUCUUAGUAUAAAGCAUAACGAGAAACAAGUUAGUUGUGGCAAAGAUAAUAUACUGCUAAAUUUAAGUUCUCCCCAAAAUUCGGAAGAGGUAAAAUUCGAAUUAAGUUAGUGCCAUAUAUAGACAAAGGCGGCAGCAGCGCGGAGCUUCCUAGGCCAAGCUAAAUUCAAAGUCGGACAUCGAAACGCGUACUGCGCUCUCAUUGUUAUGUGAUCAAUAGAAUCAUAUCAUGUCACUACCCAGGUUACAAGAGCCUUAUAUGUAAAAGCAUAUGUUUUCGCUAAAAAAGAUCGUUUCCUAGAACCGACUGUGGUCUGCGUUGCUUUACGUUUGAAUAUUGUCUUAGCUCGUUUAGGUCUUUACAAAGCAUACAUUGCCAAUUCGGUACCCCGAGCAUUAUACUAUAGCACCAUUUGGGCGCGGCGACGAACUCUGAAAGCGGCCGAAAACGUCUAAGCCAGAUUACGUUCUGUAUAUUUUUGUUGUUGUGAAAUUGUUGUUGUUGCUGUUGCUAUGUUGUUAUCGUGCUUAUUCGAAGGCGAGGAUAGUCUAGUAGUGACUGGCAGUGUCUCCUGCUUGAUGUCAAAUGGAACGCUAUAUCCUUGGAGGCGUCUACGAAAUUUCGACGGAGUUAUAGUAGAUCGUUAUCGUCUAGUAUAGCUUGACAUUAUUCUAAUAGCUAGUAACUGAUAGACACGAACCAGAAAUUCUUGCCCAGUCUUUACAUAUAUAUGGAUAUUUAAAGAUCUGUGAAUAUAUAGAAAUCUACGUAUCUGAGUGUAUAUCUUCAUUCUUCGACAAUGAUUACGCGCUUUUUUUUGGUGCUAUCUCAGUAUCGAGUCAUUAGCACUAUGGCUGAACGCAGUAUGCGCAAUAACGCCAUGAGCAAUAUACAAGACAUAGUAUACUAUAACCUGGUAAUCGGCUAGGCGAAUAACCUAUAAACCCGGCUCAUUUACUCGGUGCUCACAUCGGACUAGUUGCUGUCAUUUGUAUCAAUAGAAAUCUUUGACUGUACAUAAGUAAAUGAAAAAAAAAAAAAGAAAAGUAGUUAAUUAGGAAAUCGCACGGCUGUUCGUCGCUUACGUGUCAUUGUUUCAGCGACUUUGUUCUGAAAUCUGAAAAGUACGUGCGCGCGAUCGGACGGUAAAUUGUCACCCGCCAUAUGUACGCGAUUAGAUCAAAGCGUAAUCUGAGUUGACGGUUCAGAAACAUUCGCAGUGUACGCGAGGCACGUUCGUGUGAUACGACUUGAUAAUGAAAGGCUACUUUAAAUAAUUCAAAAAAUAUCACCGUAAGUACUAUUUACGAAGUCUGUAAGAACCUAAGGAAUCAGUACAUUGUAAUCCUUAUUGGCCAACGUAAUAAUAGAUAGUGGCAACCGUUAGGCAUCACAAAGGUGGCCUAAUUGAUGUCCGCAGGUAGUAAAAGCUAGCCGAAAAUUCAAUCGGGAAACUUUUAAUGGCCAGGAAUCUAUGAUGGCGUCACUGUAACAGAUCUCGAUGUCAGACUUAUUGGCCAUCUGUCUGUCUAUAAAUCAAUUUAUUACAGUUGAUGUUCUGUUCUUUGCUUCCGAUCUAUGCGUUUGAUCCACUAAAAUAUAACAGUAUUGAUGCAAUGGCAACUGGGCGCACGGGCUGUAGGUAGAACAACAGAAACCGCAGCAACUUCCAUCAAGAUGCGGUUCGUCUUGGACCGUUUUACUCUCUAAUUGCACUUGGCAUCAUUAUGACGGCAGCGGUGGCCGUGCUACGAUGCCUCAAGGAUAACGUACAGAUAAGCAUCAGAUAGAGAUUCGUGGUUAAUGCGGACAACAACAGCUGGGCACGAGCUGCUAUUUGGUACCACAGGGAAGAAGGAUGCUUAAACAGAGAGAAGUAAACGGUUUUUAUUUUUUUCGCUUCUCUAUCGAUUUGGUGUUAUUCUAAUGUUGGUAAGCAAAACUGUAUAGCUGAUGGCAUCUGGUAAGCACAUAGCGACCUACAGCGCCGAACGUCAGCACAAUUUCGAACACAGGUGUAAAUAGCGGGACGGCUGCUUUAACAUUGGGCGGCUUAUUUGAAAUAUAGCGAAUCUAUUCCAUUGAAAGACGUUAGAGUAUGACGGGCUUUGUCGACUAGGUCUUGCGUCCAGCUUUCGAACUCACCGCCAGUACGAUAAGCCGGACGGGUAAAGGAAGCAGCGACAAGUGAAAAACCAACGAUAUAUGCCAAGACACGUUUCGUUUACUAGGCGAUUGCUGCGAGCGAAGUGUUCUACUUCAAAGCAGCCUGCGACGUCACCUCGGUUGUACAAAGGAUAGACGUAGAAAAAGAGAUUCGUGAAGAAUCAAUUCAACUGCGAACACACAUUUAUUAUCACUUGAGAAUGGACAGACCUCAUUUAUGCCGACCCAGCUAGUUUAGUGAACAGCCGUACUUUCUACUGUUAUAGAUCCCAGUGCAUUGUUCGUAUCCGCGAACGACUGCAACUAAAUAGAUAGCGUUGCAAUAGCUGCGCGAUCGUAUGUAUCAUAGAAAAAGAACUAUUCGAUUGUUGUAGAUGCCGUUAUGUGUACUGUCGUCGGGCGCCAUGUUGAUACACAGUGCUCAGUGUACGGGCUCUUCUUUGCGUAAGCGGAUAGAUUCUCUGUAUUAGAUGCUGAAAAGCACAUUUAGAAAUGCUUCAUUUGCCCGAUCCGGUCGAACAUUCGCUGUUUGUUUCAUCUACACUCUAAGCCCUCAGUCAUGUUGCUUAGAGAUGGCGAAAACAUAGUCAUAAUAUCAUUACUACUAAAAUAUCUAAGAAUCGCGCUUUCGUUGUAGGACCAGAAGAUUCACGAAGACGCGUCGCCGAUGAUAGAUGCCUUCAGAAACUAUUCGGCCGUUAUAGAGUUUGGCAGUAGAAAAUUAAUAGUUUCUGUAUACAGCCGAAAGAGAGGAUGUUACCAGUAUUGAAAAUUUUCUAUAGAAAAAAGGGGAUGGGCGGCAUAUAUAGCGAGCAUUGUGUAGCAUAUAGAUUAACUAGAAAUAGAAACAGCUGCGCUGCGUCGUAGGAAUGAUUUUAAUUAUUAUUAUUAUUUACAGUUUAAUUCUUUGCAAUGGCUUUAAAACUUGUCGUACAUGUUCCACUAAGAUCAUUGGCUUUAGACAGAUAAUAGUUCAUUAUCAGGUCGUCUUUGUACACUUGGAGGAAAGUUCAAUCAUUCUGCUUCUCAUAUCAAAUUGAGAAUGGCCAAAAAAACAUUAUUCUGUGUUGCUAAAUAUCUAGCGACGUUGUGUCUGCGGAUACUGUGCAUGCUUCGACUAAUAUCCUGAUCUAAACUGACAGCUGACAGACAAAGAGUAGGCAGCGAAAAACCUGAGAUAUUUCUGACCUUCAAAUUUAACGAAUUCGCAAUUAGGUUCGCUGAAAGCCAUCAUAAAGCAGAAGAAUCACUUGCAAAUUGGAUUUCGUGAUAUACUUUAUUAAAGUCUAUUUAUGUGCUACUCCCAAGCUGUUUAGCGUAUAGAUAAAAUCAUGGGUAAUAAAUCUGUAUUAAGCGGGGUCAAAAAGGACGAACUACACGACACAUUAUUCCUUUUUUUAAAAAUGCAGCAGAAAAUUGAGCGGCGUUAGACAGGACUGUAGUUUCCUGCAUUAAUUUUGCUAAUUUUUUUUUCAAAUACAAGCACGACAAUAGUUCGGCGAAAAAAAGUCUGAUACAGCAAUCUCAACAUAAGGCUUGGCGAACAUGAAGCUUGGGGGUUGAGUGAGAAAAAUAGCAGAAUUCUUGAAAGGUAAUUUGUCCUCAUCUUAGGUUGACACAGUUCCCUAAAUGUGUUAGGCAUAAAUAUAUCGAUAUAUAUAUUCAGAAACUGUAAUUAUCAACUAUUGUGUGUGGGUGUGUGUGUGUGUGUGCUAGGGGGAAGAGGGAGGAGGUACCGAUCAUGCGGAGACAAUAUAACGAAGCAAAAAUUUGGCUGAAGUGUUUGGCUUCUCCACGCAGGAGCGCUCGGUAAAGGUCACGUGCCUUUCUUUAGUCGCAUUUAGCUGGCAUAUCGAACAAUGAAGAACAGCCAAUGAAGUCACGCCUAUAUAACCAGUUCGAACAACGAAUUUGCUAUUCCCUGGGAUAGAUCAGUGAAACGUCGUGGGGAAAUCGAUAAGAUGCCUCGAUCUCGAGUAGUUCCAGUGGACUGAUCGAGUUCAUCCUCAACCUCAAUUGCUCUCUCUAAAAGGAAUAGAAAGCACAGACUGUAGGUGUUAUUUACAUCACCAUAAGUAUUGCAGGAAAUUUUAUAGUUGGGUUCGUCCGAUGCGCUGCAGUGGACUUGUAAUUUUUUGAAUUUUACUUAUUUGCUUGAAUUGUUAGCUGUAGACGGAUCGUCAGUAUUUUCCAGCAGUAUACAUCGAACAACAUGGCCUUAUCGUCUGUGUCGGCCGAACGGUGUUUCGCGCAGUAGAACGAUACCACGUUACCUACAUAGGUAGCCAUAGCUGUUACGUUUUGAGGCACACGAUAAUUGCCGUUACAGGAUAGCUCAGCAUCGCGUACUCUGUUGUCAAAGUAAAUUUAGCAAAUAAACAUAAAGUCGAUAUUACUCAAGGCAUAGUAGAACUGAUUAGGGUCUAGAGCGGCCAGCUCAGCUGUGGAACAAGAGUUCAGACGUACCGAGGUAUUAGCCCGUUUAAGGCUAGGAUGUCUUCCGUAUCAUUUCACAGUUUGUACGAUCAAUGUUGCCAUCAAAUUGGAAUAGUACUUUAUUUUAGAGCAAACGUUUUUGAACGGUUCGACAAUGAUACCGGCCGCCGACGGCUAGAUCCUCUUCAGCAACGAAAAGGCAGAACGAGAAGCGAAAUGCGUGCGGUGCGUCAAAUCGCCGUGCCGAUCGAGCUUGUUCCAAUUUAAUCUUUGCUACCUUGUGAAGAUCAGAUACUUCCAAGUUAGAUCCUGUCCUCGAUACGAAGACUUGCACGACUACUAGCAGAAUAUCAGUAUUGGCGGCGGUGUGCCGAUCGUGCCGCUUCGGUGAACAUGAACGAGCUCAGCUAGAUUAUUAAUCAGCACUAAAACGGGAUCGAUGUGACUGGCCCCUUUAUGAGCGGGAUGGUCUAUCCGCAUCCAGCAUUGUUCUGUGUCAUUUUCAGGUUCGAGCACAGGCAGCCGUGGCAUCUGCGGCUCCUGGGAUGGGACUGUGAGGAUGAGUGUGGUCACCAAUGCAUGUGGAAAACCGUGGACUAUUUUGACAGUUUCGACGAACGGGUUCAGUUCAGAGGAAAAUGGCCAUUUGUUCGCUGGCUGGGUCUUCAGGAGCCGGCAUCCGUUUUUUUUUCCCUAUUGAAUCUUUUCGCGCACAUAUAUGGCUGGAGUGAAUUCAGUCGCCGAGUGGCACCUAACAACCGAUUCUACGCAUUAUGGAAAACGCACGCUUAUUUGGCGAUGAAUGCUUGGCUAUGGUCAACAGCGUUCCACUCUCGGGAUAUUCCGAUUACGGAGUUCAUGGACUAUUUUGGAGCAUUUUCGAUUGUGCUUUACUCACUCUACGCCCUCGUGGCUAGGAUGAUCAUGGACAAGCUGGAAUCGGCUGUACAAUGGCUGGUGCAAGUGGCCUUCAUCUGUUUCUUCAUAUUUCAUCUUUACUAUAUGCUCAACGUUAAAUUUGACUAUCAAUAUCAUAUCACUCUUAAUAUAACCACAGGCAUUAUUAAUUCGGCCGGCUGGUUGUACUGGACGUGGACAAACCGAGGGCGGCCCUAUGCAGCGAAGUGCGCCUUCGUCGUCAUAUCGCUUUUGGCAUUAUCAUCUCUUGAAGUUCUAGACUUCUCUCCGGUGUGGUUCAUUUUUGAUGCUCACUCGCUGUGGCAUCUUGGAACUGCACCUCUUCCGUUAAUUUGGUACAGGUUUCUCAUAGACGACUGUCGCUACGAAAACAUCAAAGCUAAAGCCCAGCCAACGGUACCUCCCGCGACUGGAAGGACACUUACCCGUCGUGGUUUCGCCAGGGUCAAAGAGUUACUUAAGGAGAUUAACGUUCUUAAUAUUCAUAAUGACGAUGGGUUUACGCUCGAUUAGGCAGACAAGCAGAUCGAACCGCAGCUAGCAUAAUUUUAAACCCCAAAAAAAGUCAGAUCUUGUCACAAUUAUGUAUUCAAGAGAUCAAUCGUGCCUUGCAGAGGUUCGAAGUCGCUACUUACUGUCACAGCCCGAGUGACUCAAUAUGCAACACAAACGCGAUAAUUAGUAUGAUAAGUGAUCAGAUCCGCUUGUUUCCUGCCAAUAUUUGGCCGUAGUAACGCUCAGAUGUACAUAUAUAUCAAAUAAAAUCGUUAUAAAUGAUAGUAAGCAUAUCGGCACGCAGCUGCUGUUCGAAACAGAGGAAAACUACCUCAAGACUAAAUAUAAUGCGGAAACAUUUGGCAUAUCUGUGUUUAGAUCAUGAAAAUUAUUACGUGAUAACACCAUUCAUAUGGCUGUCUUAAUGAGAAGCGCAUCACAUUGUUCGAAACACUGCCUACAGAAUUAGAUGCCGCAUCGUUAGCUACCACUGGGUGGGCGAAAUGGACGCGUGAUGCAAAAUAAAGCUUAUACAUAGCACAGGGAUGUUGAACCUCGGAGUUUGCUAGUGGUAUCACCAUCUACAACACCAAUAUCCUUCGAUGUUCUUCAGUAAAACGUUACCUCAAAGGGCAACUGGUUUUACCUUGAGCGACUGCAGCAACGCGCAACUGCUAGCGGCUAUCGAAUCAGGCCGCAUAUCGACGGAUUUGUCAGUGAUUGAGAUAUUAGAAUUUCGCGUACAAAAGAAUCGGGAAGCCGGAGAAGAAAAGCCUUCCGAAACUGGGCGUCAACAAAGUCGCCUACGAUAGCCUUGUCUUCAAAACCGAAAAGAUGCGAUGAGAUCGACUGAGAAAUCAAGCCUGGUCGAUUCGAGUGCAUAAAACUUGUGGUGUUGUUUCCUCUCUGCUACCCAUCUAUUUGAAGAUACCGUUGUAUGCAGUACAACACAGCGCCUAUUAGGGUUGUCAGGUUAAUUAUUUACGCACGUUGUUACAAUAAAACCGAUUGAAAAAAAAACGCAUGCCACUGUAAAUAAUAACAUGCGUUUUCGUAUGGACGCAAUAUGAGCGCCCGAAACGUGGGGCAUGCCAACUUGGAAAUGUAGUUGAAAUAAAAAAAUCGCCUUAGGCACGCCUAACUAUCGUACCCCAUACUUUGACCUCGGAGAAGUAAAAAAAAUAGACCAAGAAAAAACAGAUUUGUUUUCCUACAUUUGUUCUUUUUUAUUAGGAACUAUCAGUUUCGAAAAAUGUGCGGGAACGAUUUCAGUGUGAUUAGGACAUAGGUAAGGAUCAAACCUGAUCAACCGUCAAUGUUGAUCGCUGGAUUCAAUUUGACAUAGUGGAGUUGGCCCAACCAUGCGUCGGUCAACGAAAGAAGUAUGCUGGUCAGUUGUCAGUUACCGCCAUAUCGCAAUUUGUUUUUGAGUUGAACUCUUAGGUAUGGUAUUUUAGGUAUAAUACCUACGUACAGUUGGGCAGCAUAUUUUGACUCGUAUAUUCCAACCUUAAUUAUUUACUUUAUUUAUAUAAUCUUAAUGAGUUGAUUUCAUAUUUUGCAUCACUUUCUGAUCUAGCUUUGCUAAGGUUUGAACAUUGGUUUUUUAUUAGUAGUGUUUGUACGAUUUUGUGAAAAACCUACAGAUACAUUUUGAUAAUAGGAAUUAAUUAAGCCUAUUUAUUAGUUCUAAGCUCGUCCUUUGUAAUAGCUCAGAUGCCGAUAGAGGAAAACUAGAUCACUAGCUAGUCUUCGAAGCCUUUGCUUUGCCCGUUCAUUCAAGGGACCUUUAGCCAAUCACCACAAACCUUGUGCUAACAACCGUUUUUUCACAGAUCUAUUUUUUUCCUUCUAAGAGAAAGUAACGCCUCUAUUGAUAACGAUGGGAACAUAUCUACUAAACUACCCAAGUGGGACGGUUUUGUUUGGCUGACGUCUAUAUUAGCGCCUUUCAUUUGUCACUGCUCUUCCUCGUUCGCCGUACUGUAAAAGCAAUAAUUUUGUCGAAUGGCUAUACAGAUAAACUGAUAAAAAUGUGUACAUAGCCCUUGGCAAAAACCAUACUCAAAGAGUGAACUGCGUUACUGCAGAGUUUAGGGAUAUAACAGAUGCACGACAGGAGAUCGGAUUAAGCAUAUAUAGUGCUCCACUGCCGAAAAUAAAAAUGCUAAGAUCAAAUCGAGCCAAACAAUAGCAAUAAUAGUUAAAAUUGGGAAUCAGAGCCUGCUUUUUGUAAGGGUCCCGUCAAAAGUAAAGCCUACAUUUUAAGAAAAACAGAGGUAAACGUAUAGUUAGACACUUGCAAAGCGUUCGCCCUUGAUAAGGGCCGAAUCGAGAGGGAUAAAGAGAGAAAGAGAAAUAGCUAACAUGCAAAAGGACAUAAAACAUCUAUGUAAAUGUUAGACAUUCUGUAGAUAGAGAUUGAUGCAAGAUAUUACCUUUGUGGGAUCUGUACCUGGGAUCUGCUAAUGUCAGACAUUAUAAUUUACAGGGGCUGUGUGACAAUAAACACUAAUCAUUUACGAAGUCAAUCAUUCCAACA